CGAACCCCAAGAACGCAGCAGCAGAGCUGCAAAGCAAAAGGAACUAUAGAGAGAGAGAGAGGGACGAUGAGAGAGAGCUCGCCGGGGCCCGUGAUUCGCCUUUAACUUUCGCUUUCCUCUCUCCACGCCCGCCCUCCCUCACGCUCCUUCUAAAACCAGCCAUGCCCGCCGGCAUCAGCAGCAACUCACUCUCCCAUUCCCAACCCAAUAGCAGAGCAGCGCGAGCACUAGGAGCACUGUGAGCGGGUGACCUCCACGCGCGGCCUGGUGGGGGGAGGGGACGGCACGGCAAUGUCGCUGCAGAUGGACCCGCCGGCGCCGCCCGCGCGCCGCUCCAACGUCACCAGCUGCGACCUGCACCCGGACGAGGCCUUCACCGGCUUCUGCGCCGCCUGCCUGCGCGAGCGCCUCGCCGGCCUCGAGGCGUCCGCCGCCGCCGCCUCCGCGCCCGGCCGCAAGUCCACCUCCGCCAUCCGGUCCCUCUUCGCCAGGCCCUUCGUCGCGGGCGCCGGCUCGUCCGCGGCCGGCGCGGCAACCGAGCCGCCGGACCUCCGCCGAUGCAAGUCCUUCUCCUGCGGCCGCGGCGGGGACGUGCUCUCCGCCGCCGCCGCUGCCGCGGCGGCGGCCGCCAGGGGGGACGAGCCGCAGCGGCACUCCUGCGACGUGCGCGGGCGCGCCACGCUGUGGGCGCUGUUCCACCAGGACGACCGUGACCGCGUCCGCGACGGCACGGCCUUCGGCUCCUUCCCUGUCUCGUCUUCCGCCGCCGCCGCCGUGGCGCUCAACACCGCCGUUCCGCUUCCAGUUCCGCCCCAGCACCCGCCGCCGCGCGUGCUCGAGGACUUCUCGGAGGAGGACAUACCCGUGGUGAUGGAGUACUCGGAGGACGAGAUAACGGAGGUGGUGGAGGAGCCCGUUCUUCUUCCGGCAGCGGACACCUCCUCCGGGGAGAUCAUCGAAACCGAGCCCAACGUGAGGGCCAUGAAGGAGCACAUGGACCUCGAGUCGUCGGACCCCGCGAAGCCGGCGCCGGCGCUGAAGGAGAUCGCGGGGAGCUUCUGGGUGGCGGCGUCCGUGUUCAGCAAGAAGUGGCAGAAGUGGCGGCGCAAGCAGAAGCUCAAGAAGGACGCGGCCGUGAGCAAGGCGGCGGCGGCGGCAAUGCCGCCGCCGGAGAAGCCGUCGAAGCCGUCGUUCCUCCGGCGCCGGCGCCUGCGCGGGGAGGCCGGGUCGGAGCACGCGCUGGGGCGGCGCUCGUGCGACACGGACCCGCGCUUCUCGCUCGACGCCGGCCGCAUGUCCGUCGACGACGCGGGGUUCAACUGGGACGAGCCGCGCGCGUCCUGGGACGGGUACCUGUUCGGCGCGGGCGCCGGAGGCGCACUCGGCCGCGCGCCGCCGCCGCUCACUCGCCUCCCGCCCAUCCUGUCGGCCAUGGAGGACGCGCCGGGGGGCCCCGUGGUGGAGCGGUCGGACGGUCAAAUCCCCGUGGAGGACGACGCUGACCCUGAGCCGCCAGGUGGGUCCUUCCAGACGAGGGACUACUACCUGGACUCGUCCAGCCGCAGGCGGCGCAGCCUGGAGCGUACCAGCUCUGUCCGCAGGCCGUCGUUCGAGGUCCCCGAGCUGCAGAAGCCAGCGGCGAACGGCAACGAGUCUCCUCCUCCCAUCGGCGGCGGCCCGGAGUUCUACCACUUCCACCACGCGGAGGACCUGCUGGACCGCGGGUUCAGCUCCAACUCGCUGGUGGAGGACAUCUCCGCGAGCCUGGAGGCCGCGCUGUCCGGCGGGGCGUCGUGCAAGAAGCCGCCGCGGUGGCGCAAGGCGUGGAGCCUGUGGGGGUUCAUCCACCGGCGCGCCGCGGGGCGCAGGGCCGGCGGCGGCGGGCCGUCCGACAUCGCGGACCGCUCGUUCUCGGAGCCGUGGCCGGACCUGCGCGUCCGCGGCGGGGCUGGCGGCGGCAGUGGCAUGCAGCGGUGCGGCAGCAACCUGAGCGCGCGCAGCUCGUUCAGCAGCAACAGCGGCGGGCUGGGCAGCUCGCGGCGCAGCUACGUGGACGUGCACGGGAACGUGCGGCGGCGGGGCGAGGAGCUGCACCCGCCGUCGCAUGGGUUGGAGCGGAACCGCAGCGCGCGGCACUCGCCGGGGCGCGGCAGCGUGGACAACGGCAUGCUGCGGUUCUACCUGACGCCGAUGCGGAGCGGCGGCGGCGGCGCGCGGCGAGGGGGAGGGGGAGGCGGCGUGCCGGGCAAGGCUGCCGCCGGGCGGAACCAGCUGACGUCGCAGUCGUUCGCUCGCAGCGUGCUCCGUCUGUACUGAACCUGAACCUGAACCUGGCCUGCCAUGCAAGAGGCGUGGCAGCUUCCGCGCGCGCGCGCGCACUGCAGCUGACGGGACCGGUCGUACGUAGUAGCCAUGAAAUCUUCGUGUAGUAUUGUACCAAGUUGUUUGCUAUUUCCUUCUGUUCAUUUGGGGUGGGGUUGGGGUUGGGGUGGUGGAUAACACGCAGUUCAUGUCAUAGUUUCCUCUUGCAAA